AUUCAUCAAUGAGUGGUUUGGAAGGAAUCAGUGGCUAACUGCAAGCAUUGCAAAUCAAUCAUUAGCCUGCUAUUCGGUGGAGUGGCUGUGUGGUCCCAAGUCUAAGAUUAAGGUUCUCUUUUCCUAGUUUCAAGUUAUAAACAUUUAACAUUGGCCAUGCUGUCAAUGAAGCAUGAUUUGUGCUGCGCUCAAAACAACUGUUAACUCAGAACUGCAAAAUCUGACUUUAGUGAGUUCAAGACAACUGGGAACUCAGGAAAAACGAGCUACGACUGGGAAAAUACAUUUUGAACUUUCAUCCAACUUGAAAUUGUAAAUCGGGAACUCUGGCCUCUUUCUAGAGCUACAACCUGAAGAUCACUGACGUCAUCAUGAUUGGACCUUUUUUUUCCUCAGUUCCCGGUUGUGUUGAAAGCACAAUAAAUCCAGAGAAUGCCAGACUUUGAUGACAAAGUUUGAUGACAAAAUUUGCCCACGAAGGACCGCCGCGCCACCUUCCUGUUCAACUGAGCACAGCACAACUGUUGCCUAUGUUGUUCCUGUCAGAGUGUGUGCUCGUCUACGUGACUCCAGAUCAGUCAUCCAAGCAGGUGAGCAUGAUGGAUCGUUUUGGCCAGGUGAUGAUUGAGAAUCUGCAGCGUCGUCAGUGUAACCUGGCAGGAGUGGGGGGGUGUCAGUCACUGGAGUCCCAGAAAGAGCACUUCCUAAAGACGGGCUGGGAGAAUGUAGAUGAUCUGGAUAUGAUGACUGUGUACAGUGUUAUACCUCAGGAUGACGUGGCAAGAAUAGAGCAUCUGGAGUUUCUGGAUGAAAAGGAACUUCUGCAGCAGCUUCUCCAACACUCAGUAUCUGCUGCGCCACCAAGGACAAGUUCAAGCAGGACUCUCACAAGUUGCUUUCUGAACCUGGACUGUCUUGUCUUAAGCCUGUUUCUCUGUGCCAUGAUCAACACUAUCAAGAGAGGAGAGAAAAAACCCAUCAACACCUUCACAUCAGACUCAAGUCUUGUCUGUCUGUCUGCUCUGUGGGAAAUGCAUGGCAUCAGCAGAAUUCUACUGAAUGUGUUUCCGUUGCAUCCCAUAAGAGCAACCACUGUCUCCCAACAUGCUUUUGUGAAAGAGAAGGGAUGUUUCCGCUGGAAGUGUGAUACAGUGCAUUCGGAAAGUAUUCAGACCACUUGACUUUUUCCACAUUUUGUUACUGUCACGACUUCCGCCGAAGUCGGUUCCUCUCCUUGUUCGGGCGGCGUUCGGCGGUCGACAUUACCGGUCUUCUAGCCAUCGCCGAUCCACCUUCCAUUUUCCAUUUGUUUUGUCUUGUUUUCCCACACACCCGGUUUACAUUUCCCUCAUUACUUGUCGUGUAUUUAACCCUCUGUUCCCCCCAUGUCUGUGUGUGAAAUUGUUUAUUGUUGAGGUUGGCACGCUUCCGGCUGGUUUGCGCCGGGUUUUGUUUUAUACCCGUACUUUGUACUUGGGUUUUUGUACUUUGUGCUGCCUCACUUGUUCGUUGGGCAUUUUUUUUGCGACGCGGUUGCGUUCUGUGCAAAUUAUUGUCUAAGUAAAGUGCUUUGUCCACUCAUCUCUGCUCUCCUGCGCCUGACUUCUAUGCACCAGCUACACUCACCCCUCGACAGUUACG